AUGGCUGACAAUAAGGAUGAGCUUGUGCAAAGAGCGAAGCUCGCUGAGCAGGCCGAAAGGUAUGACGAUAUGGCCCAAUCUAUGAAAAAGGUGACUGAACUGGGGGCUGAACUUUCGAAUGAGGAACGCAAUCUUCUUUCCGUUGCCUACAAGAAUGUCGUUGGAGCGCGUCGUUCGAGUUGGCGCGUGAUCUCAUCGAUUGAGCAGAAGACGGAAGGCUCUGAGAAGAAGCAACAAAUGGCCAAGGAAUAUCGCGAGAAAGUUGAAAAGGAACUACGAGACAUUUGCCAGGACGUUUUGAACCUGCUCGACAAAUUUCUCAUACCGAAGGCCGGCAAUCCUGAGUCUAAAGUGUUCUACCUUAAAAUGAAGGGUGACUACUACAGGUACCUUGCGGAGGUUGCGUCAGGCGAAGACCGUAGCUCGGUUGUCGACAAGUCGCAGCAGUCUUACCAGGAAGCUUUUGAUAUCGCCAAGGACAAGAUGCAGCCCACUCACCCCAUCCGCCUUGGCCUCGCCCUCAAUUUCUCGGUGUUCUACUACGAGAUUUUGAACGCACCCGAUAAGGCUUGCCAAUUGGCUAAGCAGAGCAGCUAUGCAGAAGCCCUCGAGAUUGCUAAAGUGAAUUUGACGACAACACAUCCAGUUCGUCUUGGUCUUGCUUUGAACUAUUCUGUGUAUUUCUAUGAAGUUGCGUCAAGUCCUGAUAGAGCUUGCCAACUAGCAAAGCAGGCAUUUGAUGAUGCUAUUGCUGAGCUCGAUACCUUGAAUGAAGAUUCGUACAAGGAUUCCACUCUCAUCAUGCAGCUUUUGAGGGAUAAUCUAACCUUGUGGACCUCGGAUGCUGCUGCUGAUGAUCAAGAUGCAGGAGAACAAGGAGAAGGUGCUAAUUGA